CUGUCAGUGCUCAUCAGUGCCACAUGCCAGUGCUCAUCAGUGCCACAUCAGUGCCACCUAUCAGUGUCCAUCAGUGCAGCCUAUCAGUGCCCAUCACUGCAGCCUCAUUAACGCACAUCAGUGAAGGAGAAAAAUCACUUAUUUACAAAAUUGUAUAACAAAAACUAAGAAAAAACUUUUUUUUCAAAAUUUUCAGUGGUUUUUGGUUUAAGAAAAAAAAAAACAAAACCCAGAGGUGAUUAA